AUGAAGUUCACUGGAAUCCUUGCCUCCCUCGCCAUCGCCAGCACUGCUACUGCUGCUGCUAUCCCCAACCUUGACGUUGUCAGGGUCCAGUCCACUGUCACCCGUAUCGAGGGUGUCCUUGACCAGAUUGAUGUCUCGUCAACUCGCAGUGGCGACGCUGACCUUGCAGGUCUCACAUCCCAACUCGGCGGUAUCCACGACACCCUGAACGGCCUCGUUGCCGCUAUCGUUGGCGGAGUCAACUCCAGCCCCCUUCUGCAGGGUGUCCUCGACCUUGCUGGUGGUCUCGUCACCACUGUUGUCAACGUCGUGGGUACGAACGAGCAGGUUCCCGACUUCGGUGUUCUCUCCAACACCCUCGUCAGCCGUGUUCAGAGCGGUGAUGUCGACGCUGCUAGCCUUGAGCAGCUCCUGACCAUCCUCGGCGGAGCGAACGGUCUCUCCAACCUGAACACUGUUCUGUCGCAGCAGCAGUGA